ACUCACACAUCAUUCAUUCAUUCACACACUUCUCCGGCUCGGCGGCUCCACCAAUUCUGCCGUUGCUGCUUCAUCUCUGCCACACAAAUACAAAUCUAGAGUCUGCUUGCAUCUCCUCUAGAAAAUGAGCGAUACUUCCAAGAGUAAAGAUGGCAGCGCUUUUGAGGCGAAGCCGAUCGCAGCCGUAGCCGACAGCAAAUCUGCUUCAUCGCCUCCGGCUCCUAUAUCCAUCGGGAAGAAGCUCACCAUCAAAAGUGCCGACAUGAAAGAAAAUAUGCAGAAAGAUGCCGUCAGUAUUGCUAUCGAUGCGUUCGAACGGCACAACGUGGAGAAAGAUGUUGCUGAGUACAUAAAAAAGAAGUUCGACCAAAUGCACGGCCCGACUUGGCAUUGCAUUGUUGGCAAAAAUUUUGGUUCUUAUGUAACACACGAGACAAACCACUUUGUGUACUUCUACCUGGAUGCAAAAGCCGUACUUUUAUUCAAGUCCGGGUGAGCGUGUCAAAGAUACCGAAGGGAAGACGACUAAAGCAACAGUGGGGUGCUAUAGGCCCGUGCGUCAAGUGUAUUUCGUCGCUCCACUGAUGUGCAAAUCAUGUAGGCUGAAAGGCAGUGUAUAUUUUGUUUUUUCUUUUUCUUUUUUUGUUUAUUUUUUUGUUUUUUCAGUAAAGGACUUGAUUUGGA